GCUGCUGACAGUUGACAGUCGAGUACAGUCGUCAGUACAGGGACGUGACAUCCACUCGACUUGCCACGGUGCUACUGGUCUAGCCGAACGAAGCAGCAAAAUAAUUUCGCAGGUUAUCGUUUCCCUUCCUCCUUGCCUGAGCUUCGCGGAGAGAAGCAAGACGGACGGGGACUCUUUCUCUGUGCUUGGAUCACCUUCUGCCGGAAAGAUGAAGAGUAGGUUCAGCCGCAGCAGCCAGAAGAGCCGCGCGAGACCCAGGAGUUCUACAGGCUCGGAGAGGCAAGCCUCGGCGAUCCAGAACCUGCUCGCUACCACACUGUACGACACAGAUCUAGAAGCCUUCCAUCGCUCGAUGCGCCUUGAUUCGGCUAAGGACGACGAUCUAGAAGAAUCUGUAGAGAAAGAGACUGCAGACGGGACCGAUCACCAUGAUCACACGCAACAAGAAUCGGAGCCGGGAAAUGUAACGUUUCCUGAUACUGGUGCCGACGUCGACGGCGGCGACUCACCAGAUGAUCAACAGUGCAGUCCGCUUCGCACUUGCCCCCCAACUCCUGCUGCUGGCUCGGUCUCGUCGGGCGCGAUCGGAAGGCUUCUGGUUUUCCCCGGUGCACGGCACAGCCGACGAGGCACCGGUACUAGUACGCAUUCUCGUACCUCGCGCGACACUGGACCGCUAGCGCUGGCUAGCGAUGGCCCUUACACACACCAUGGCGGUUGGUUGUGUCCGAAUAAUUGUGCUCCGCCACUCGGUACAUGUACAUGCAGCGACAAGCGUGGACGCGCAAAGAGCACGAGCAAAGUUGUUCGGUGUCCCCAGCCGGCGAGCAAGGCAUCUGCGAAGGAGCGGAGCGACGACACCCAAGAAAAGGAAGCAGCCGACACAGGUUUGUGGGAAACGGCAAGAUACGGCUCAAACAGCCAGGUGCGCUUUCGACUCAGGACUGAUGGAGCUGUAGCGAAGGACACGCCGUCUCUCUAUGCCCAGCAAGCGGCAGACUCACUGUGUUCAGAGUCUGACAUAGAUCUACCUGGUGGAUCGCGACACCGCAGUGCGGACAGGGGAUUAUCCAAAGCGUCAGCCUACCGAUUUUUAUCGGUCGACUCAGCGGGCAGAGAAGGAGAAGACGAAGCGGAAGCGGAGGACGAGAGUGAGGUAGCCACGAGUAGUGGGAACGGCGCACUGCGGCCGCCUGCACACACCAUCAUCAGUGGGAAGUCAGCAGCAGCGCCAUGGCUGGCAAACACCGAGCAAGGCGUCGACCCCGACCCCUCCACUAUCCAGACUCAUCGACCAUCGCAACAAGGACUGCUCGGGCCUACACUUCGUCCAAGCCGCGUGCGUCGAGCGCUGGCCUGGAUAGCGACUCGGUUGAGCUCCCUAUUCGGAUGCGGAUCCGUCCGCAGGUUUCGCUGGGGCUUGUUCAGGAGGACGGGUGGACGUCGAUGGUCCAGGAGCUCAGCUUCCAGAGGGCCACUUCCCACCCCACUGCGCCCCGCUGCAACGCGAUGCGAGCCCAUAGGUGGCAGAUCAAGCAGGUCGACGUCGUCGCGUCGCCGUCGCCGCAGCGGAUACCGAUGCACGUCGUCGCGACGGUCUGCGGUUAGAGGUUCGCGUCGGAGGGGCGGAAUGAUGGCCAGUAACUUCGGACUGGGCAGCGAAACCGAUUUGGACGCGCCGGAUUACUUCCGCGAGACGCGGUGCAGGCAGGGCAGUGGCAGUGGAUGGCGGCAAACCAGCAACAACUCACAGCGCUCUGUCUCCACUGAUACAAGUAGCCGCCAGUUUGAUGUGGAUCUUGUAGACGCGGAGAGUGUGUUCUCGCUGUGUGGCACUGUAAUUCCCGAAGAACCGGCCGGCGGUUGCCGACUGCCGCUGAUAGAGACGACAGGACUGGCGCCGCUAGCGGAAGUGUGCACAGAGGACGACGAUGUAGACACCGAUACUACGACAACGUCCGGCGAUGCAUCGACGUCGGCGAGCUCGAGUUGUUACGUCGACCAGGCGUCCGUUGCCGCCAAUGAACGGGGCAGAGUGCCAGCAGGGCUAGUGCCUCUACCGCUGUCGGACAACAGCCAAUGCCCCGUCGUGAUGAGCAGAUUCAGGCGCGCCGUCAAGGGCGCGACUCCUCUGGCCUCGCGCGCGUUGCUCAACUCCCGACUACGCAGCCAGGCGCCAUCGGUGAAGACAGCCGAGGACGCUGCGUCUUCUCAGGCGUCCGGUAAUGGUAGCAGCUUUGACACGAUGUUCGGCAGGACCACCGGUAGCCGGAAAGGCAGCUUGGUCUCUGCAGCCUCUGCAGUGCGAGCACCCACGGGGAACUCUGACACACAUUCCGUCACCCAGGCCAGUCCAGCACCCCAGCACACACUCGAUGAAACUGACGCUCAACAUGGAGGUGCAUACACGCUUGAGCUGAUUGAGCGUACUUCUGGUGAAGGAGAAGACGCGAUGCCGUCACCUCUCCUUGUCGUUGUCAACAACUUUCCCGUGGCCAAGGGACAGUUCACGGAGUGCCAGCGCAGCUGGAUGAAUAGUCUUCAUGCGCUGUGGGUUCUCUCAACCGGCGAAGAGAAGCUAUUUCUCUGGCUGGCGUCCUUCGAGGAAGACGUCAACAGGAAAAUGCUGGAGGAGGUAGCCCUGGUCCACCCGCUGGCGCAUCAUCUCCGUCCCUACUUCAAGCAACGGGUUUCACGCACGCCAAACGCGGCACCUCAGAAGGAACACGCCGUCCGUGGCGGAAAUCUGUACCGAUCAUUUCACGUGACGAGAAACGCGAGCAAGGUGAGCACGGACGGAGCGUCGGCAAUGGCGACGUUGCCAAGGCGACAUAACCACUCCUCGCUCAGUGAGACCAAAACAUGGCAGGCACCGGAAACGGCAGAUGUACAGCAGUUGGCACGGCAACAACGCCAUCAGAAAUCUCCCGUGCGCCGCGUGUCCUCUGGCCCGGCCGGACCUGUACAGGCGACGACAACGACAACCAAGGCGGCGCAGCGCAGGAGCCGCUUUGCCUCGGUCGCGUCCGCGCCGACCCAUCCUCUCGAUCGCCUCCACGCCGGGAGUUACCAUGGCGACGGUGAUGACGUUGUCGUCGACGGUGUUGUGAGCAUCAUGUCCGCUGCUUCUCACUCUCUCAGCAGUGCUCUACACUAUCAGCUGAGCAGCAUUAGGACGAGGAUGCGGCCCACCGGCAAUGUUGUGGAUAGCGGCGGCGGUGGUGGUGCGGGACACUGCGAACGCGCUGCCAGCAUCAAGUCUAACCCGUCAGCCGAGGCAGCACUGUCCGAUCUGGCGUCAUCGCACAGCGUCAAGUCAAACCGUGACGAACACCCAAAGAACGAAAGCGGCGACGGAGGAGGAGCAUCCACUGAAAACCUUUCCAAGUUUCAACAGGAGUACCUGGAGAACACUGAACCGCUGGACAGGUUUGACAAUGCCGUACUGGAGAAAUGGCAAGCGCUGCUUGAACGAGAGAAGGGUUGGAUGAACUGGAUUCCAGAAGACGACGAUGACAACAGCAGCACCAGCAUGAAAGGCACAGGCGCCAGCACCCGGACUGUGCCGUCCGAGCAGCAGCAGGAAAAGCAGCACAGUGGUCAGCAGCAUGCCGUUGACGGUGGCCCGGUGCCGCCAUCGGACGCCCAGCACGGGCGCACCGCGUGGCAAUUCACUGCAAUCACGUCGGAGGUGCUGUGAUGCCUACUCCACCGCACAUUGUCCAGUCCCUCGGCGGAGACGUAAUCUGGAUUCCGGGCGUUAUCGGCAUACCGUCUCACAGACACGUACCCGGUCAUCAUGGAAUGCCGACAACGGCACUAUACCCUUCAGGGUCUUGCCAGGCCCAUAAUAAUUAAAAUCAUGAAUAUACCGUACGGAUAACCCAACGCCUAUGGAGUACGCCAAGGGGUGGCUCCAGACUUACCAUAGCAUAGAGCAAGGAGCUCACUUGCCAGGCCCAUAAUAAUUAGCAUCAUGAAUAUAGGGAUAAUCCAGUAGCAAUGGUGUACAAAAAAAGUGGUGGCUCCUGACCUACAACAAUGUAGAGCAAGGAGCUUGGUCGUCGACUAACACCAAAAGAAAGGUGACAACACUGACCAGCUAGCUAUACACGGCCAUGGGUUGCCAGAGCGUGCUCUCCGCAACCCUCUGAGGCUCUGUUGGUCGGCUCUCCGCAACCCUCUGAGGCUCUGUUGGUCGGCUCUCCACAACCCUUUGUGGGUCGGCCGAGUCAAUCACAACCCUCUGUUGGGCGGCUCUCCACAACCCUUUGUGGGUCGGCCGAGUCAAUCACAACCCUCUGUUGGUCGGCUCUCCACCACAUGCAAGGCUGGGCUGUGAGGCGCCUUCAGUUCCAGUCAGAAAAGGGUGCUUACGUGAAGAGAGCCAAUCCGAGGAGCUGGCUACUUUGCAAGUUCUGACGAUGUACAAUACUGAUCCCAGUGCAUUUACUUAGGCGCCUUCAGUUCCACUAGGGAAAGGGUGCUAAGCCUUACAUGAAGAGAGCCAAUCCGAGGAGCUGGCUACUUUGAAGUUAUGACGAUGUGCGGCAAUCACUGAUCCCAGUGCAUUUACUGGAACAUGUAUGUAAGAUUAUGUCAGUAUUUUAACUCCUAACGAUCACCAGAUUUACGUCGGCUAAUGACACGGAUUUAACUGAUUGGCAAACGACUGUACAUGCUAAAUACGCUGAGGCGUGUAUCGUGUUUUGCAGAUAAACGAAUAGAAAAGUAUUGGAAUAUCGGCACCGUGCGGCCAGAGGACACUGUUCUUAAAGACUUCCUUGUGCGGCUGGCGCGCCUUUGUCUUUAUGACCAUUUGAACUGAUUGGACUGGUACGAAGGCAACAUUUCACCGAAAUAUUUCUUGCAAAGGUCAGAUUUCACAGAAAUAUAUCUUGUACAAAAGAAAAUAGACCAAGGAACUACAAGUUACGCUAUAAUGAGCUGAUUGUUCAGUAACUGGUGGUGUUAGUGGACAUUAUAGCGUAACUUGUAGUUCCUUGGUCCAGUUUCUUUUGUAUAAAUUAAUCCUUGGCUCUCCAUCUGAGUCAAUAUAAUUAUAAUCUUGUUUUCUUUCUUCUUCUUUUUAAAUCUACUUGUAUGCAAAGCAUUGUGUCAAAGGCAGCCUCUUCCU